AUGGGCUCAUCAUCAACCUCCCCAAGUUCAUGUGCCUCUUUUCCAUCAGCUGAAUCACCAGUUCCUCCUCGUUACAAGUACGAUGUGUUUCUGAGUUUCAGGGGUGAAGACACUCGGAAGGGAAUUAUAUUCAAUUUAUACUAUGAACUGCAAGGGACAGGACGCAUUAAAACAUUCAAGGAUGAUGAAGGGCUUGAAAUCGGGAUGCCUAUUUCUCCAAAUCUCUUGAGAGCAAUCGAAGAAUCAAGAUUUGUGAUAGUUGUUCUCUCACCAAAUUAUGCUUCCUCUACAUGGUGCUUGGAAGAACUUGUAAAUAUCUUUCGAUGCAUGGAAGGCAAAGACAGAAUUCUACCACUCUUUUAUUACGUGAAUCCCUCUGAUGUACGGAAGCAAAGGGGUAGUUUUGGAGUAGCAUUAUCUCAACUUGAAGAAAAUUGCUCGCAAGACCCUGAGAGGGUGAAGCAAUGGAGAAUUGCCUUAGGGAAAGUGGGCAGUCUCUCUGGGUGGGAUAUAAGGAAUUUUAGCUCUGAAAGAGAUCUUGUCAAACACAUUGUGGGAUUUGUGUGCAGUAAAGUACCUAAAGUGCCACGACCCGUCGACUCUACAGCAUCCGCUGUUCAUCAAUUGAUGGAGUCCAAAAGACAUGUCAUGGAUGAGAGUUUAGAAGAAUUCGAGGAAGAACACUUCUCAGUUGGGCCGUAUGGAUCAAACAAAGGAGGGGAGAGUUUCGAUGAUGGUAGUUACUCCACGGUGAGACAGUUGGUGUUAUGUUAUGAUAAAUAUCGGAUUUACUACAUCCAGAUUCAAUAUGAUUGUGACGGGAUUCCAAUGUGGUCAGACAAGCACGGUGAUUUCGACAACGAUGAAAUUACAACCACAGUCACCCUUGAUUAUCCAGACGAAUUUUUGACAGCCAUGAAUGGCUAUCAUGAAAGACUUCAGUUGUUGCCAACCCAGAUCAGCUCACUUACUUUCAAGAGUAACAAAAAGAUUUAUGGACCAUUUGGAAGUAGAUUAGCUGGAAUUAAUUUUUCAAUCCGAGUGCCCAAGAGUAAGAUUGUUGGGUUUCAUGGCAGGUCCAGCAACAGCUCUGGACUACGUGCAAUAGGAGCUCAUCUAAAGUCUCUUGAUUGUUAAGUAUCAGAAUAGGCAAUUAUGAUCAAUUACCGUUUGAUAAAAAUCUAAAGGUAGAAAACAAAACAAUUUAACUUUAAAAUAAUACUUCUCACUUUUAGAUUUAUAUCUAACGGUGAUUGACCAUAAUUUGUUUGGUCACCUAGGUGACCAUGUGAACACCACUGUCAGAAAAUGUUUGUUAGCCGUGGGUAAGAGCAUAGGAGGUGUAAUAAUAUAUAUUGCUCUCAGAAAAUUCAAUGGAUUCCAUUUUUU